AUGCACAUGGCCCCAGAUGUGGUCGCUCCAGGUGACACACCCCAGCUCAGCGUGCGAGAGUCCUUCAUCCACCCACCGAUCCAUCCAUCCACCCACCCAUCAAUCCAUCCAUCUCUUCAUCCAUCCACCCAUUCAGCCCUUCAUCCACCCACCUAUCUAUCCACCCAUCAAUCCACCCAUCCCUUCAUCCAGCCACCCACCCACAUGUCCGUCCCCUGGCAGAGCCCUUCAUCCACCACUCAUCCAUCCAUCCAUCCAUCCCUUCAUCCAUCCACCUAUCUAUCCACCCAUCAAUCCACCCAUCCCCUGGCAGAGUCCUUCAUCCACCCACCGAUCCAUCCAUCCACUCACCCACCCGUCCAUCCAUCAUCCAUCCCUUCAUCCACCCACCCACCCGUCCAUCCAUCCAUCCCUUCACCUUCAUCCACCCACUGAUCCAUCCAUCCAUCUCUUCAUCCAUCCACCCAUUCAGCUCUUCAUCCACCCACCUAUCUAUCCACCCAUCCAUCCAUCCCUUCGUCCAACCACCCACCCACAUGUCCGUCCCCUGGCAGAGCCCUUCAUUCAACCACUGAUCCAUCCAUCCACCCACCAGUCCAUCAAUCCAUCCAUCCUCCCCUUCAUCCACCCACCCAUCCCUUCAUCCAGCCAGCCACCCACCCAUCUGUCCCCAGGCAGAGUCCUUCGUCCACCCACCCAUCUGUUCACCCAUCCAUCCAUCCCUUCGUCCAACCACCCACCCACAUGUCCGUCCCCUGGCAGAGCCCUUCAUCCACCCACUGA